GAUUAAAUAUAAGAAACCAACAAAGGGGAAAAACGAUUAGGGUUACAGAUCGGAGAGAGAGAGAGAGAGGGAGAUGAAGACAUCGAAUCCAUCAAUGGAGAAGCGCGUGAACAAGAUACUGAGACACGUGAAGAAAUUGCAAGAGGAGAAAGCGGCGGAUCAAAAGCUACGAAUAAAAAAAAUAGUCCGACAGAUGAACAGAUUGCAGGAGGAAACAGAGGAGAUGGAGGAAAUGGAAUCGAUAAAGAAAUCGGAAGAGGAAAAGAAUGCGAAAUUCAUGAAGGAAGCAUUAGAGGAGCUGGAAUUGGAAAAGAAGAAGAUACAGAAAGCUAAAGAGAAGUAUGCUCUGGCGAGGAAGCUCCGGCCCGAUCUCUAUCGUCUAUGUGGAACUCUAAACGUCAUGUAUCGCCGAGAUUCUCACGAUUCCUACGAUCCAGAAGAUGUGCAAAAGGCCAAAGAUUAUGCCCAAGCAGCAAUUGAUGUGUUCAACCAGAGACAAGGCGUCGAAUACAGUGUGGUGGAAGUAAUCGAAGCAACCUCAGUUGCAGUCAAUGGAUUUAUAGUGUCUUUGACGUUUACCGCCAAGCCCAAUGAUGCUGAUUAUGAUUAUGACGAGGAUGCCGAAAAUUUCAGCGCAAGUCUUCACUAUUCAUAUAAAGGUCUUGACGUAACGCAUGUUGAUUUUACUAUUUAGCUGCUACAGGUAAUUAAUUUUGAUUUUUUUUUCUUCUCUUUUUCUUAAUUAAGUUGUUAUAUAUGCUUCGUAAUUUUCUGAUGAUGAAUGCAUAUAUGCACUUGUGCUUUUCUUAGGAGAGAAAUUAGCAGAAUGCAUUGCGCAUUUAGUGGACGUAGUUAUGAUUUAGAGAAAUUGCAUUUGUGGAUAUAACAUUAGAAAUUCCAACAAGCGUACGAGCGUUUGGAUUGUCUCCGUAUGGUGUAUGAUGCUUUGCAUUGGUGUUACUUUUAUUGAAAGAGCACGGUCAAUUACUAUUUUUUAAUUGUCUAAAGAUACAUUAUAUGACGCUUGUAAACACAUCGUCACGACAUAACACUUCUACUCGAGACUGGUUGAUGUUGCUUUUUAUUUUUGGGCUCGAUCUGGAAACAAGUGUAGCAUUUUUAUUUUUAUUUUAAUUUCUUUUGUGUUAGGUACAAUCCAUAAAUCCAUCACCGGAUUCACUUUCUUAUAGUAAUUUCAGUAGUUGUAUUUUCUUACCUCUUGUUCUCUAACCUUUUUGAUUUUGUUUGAUUUCGGUUCAUGAUUUCUACGAAGAGAUUAGGUUCUUCUGUUUAUUAGUUACUAAAUUGGUUCUGCCAAUUUAAAUUAAAUCAAUAUGAUUCUUGUUUCUUUUUUUUUUUUUUUUUGUUUUUGUUUUUUGUUCAUAUUGAUGUUUGUUGAAUU